CUUGAACACACCAUUAGGGAUGGAGAUAGUACUUCUUUAUUAUUGAUUGGACCGCAUUUAUCAGGGAAAUCUCUAGUUUUAGACAAUGUAUUAAAAGAUUUAAAUAAUAAGUACAAUGUCAAUGGGAAUCGGUAUUAUUUUGAAAUAAGGCUAUCUGGGCUUAUUCAAACAGAUGACAAGAUGGCAGUAAAGGAAAUUGCAAGACAAUUGGACAAGUAUACUGGUGAAGUUAGUAAAAACUAUGAGGAAGAACUGAAAUUUGAGAAAAAAUCUAUCAAUGAAACCUUUUCAUCACUUUUAUUAAGUUUGGGGCAAAAUUCCGUAAACAAAAAGGGAGAAAAUGUUGAGAAACAAAUGGGGAUUGUAUUUAUUCUUGACGAGUUCCACGAGUUUAUUUUUCAUAGUAGACAAUCCUUAUUAUAUAAUUUAUUUGAUUUUUCAACAAAUAAUACUAUUCCAAUAGCGGUUAUUGGGUUAACAACCAAAAUUUCAUCAUUAGAAAUGUUAGAGAAAAGGGUGAGAUCAAGGUUUUCUCAAAGACAAAUAAAUUUUUUUGGAAACUCAAAUAACAGUAGUGCAAAUAAAAAAGAUGAAAGGUUUUUAACUUCAUCAAGCACAAUGGAUAUUAAUUAUGGACUUCAAAACUUUUGGAAUGAUAUUAGGAGCAAUUUGUGCUUAAAUAUUGAUGAAAUUAAUGAUAAAGAGUUUAUCAAUAAAAAAUUUGGAUUAUUAUGGAAUGAUUAUAUUAAUGAGUUGUUUUAUAACAGUUCCCAACAAGUAAACACGCAAUUGAAAAAACAGGUUGUGAUCAAUUAUUUAACUACAAAAAACAUCAAGGAAAUCAAUCACAUUUCAUUAUAUCCAAUAUCAAAUGUUUCGAUUCAAAAUCCUUUUCCCAAAGACAAGGAUUUCAGCUUCUAUCUCAAUGUUAACAGUAAUAAUCAAUUUGACGGCAAGGGAUUGAAAUUAUUUCUCAAUAGUUCAUUGAGUGACUUGGAAUUGUCGCUUUUAAUUUGUGGGGCUCGAAUUAUUCUUAAAAACGACAUGUCGUUGGUGAGUCUCAAUAUAGUUUAUGAUGAAUACAACAAGCUAGCCAAAUUUAGGAAUGAAGAAAGAGCAAAACAGUUUCAAACUUCUGCAUUGAAUUCGUCAUCUUUCGUGUUUGAAACUGAUACCAACUCCAAUGAUAAUAUGAAGCCAUUAAUAGGAUUUAAGAUCUAUUCAAAGGACGCCUGCAAAGAUGCUUGGGAAAGAAUGGUUUCAUUGGACUUGCUAAUUUUGCCAGCCAAUAUAUCGAAGCAGACGUUAAGCAGCAAAUUUCGAGGCGGCUUGAAGAACAUAAAUACGCAAAUGUAUCAAGUGCUGCUUUCUCUCGAGGAGUUGGGUCUUUUGGUGGACGACUCCAGUCUUUUAAAGAGAUUUACCAGACUUUAA